AUGAUACCUGCCCCCAAACCUCUUUCAGAGCCUGAUAUGAACAAUUUGCCUGAAGUCUCAUUACCAAAAGAUCAACAAAGAUACGCAAUAAACGUUAUAAAAAAUGUGAAAAAAUUAAAAGAUGCUCUUCCCUUUUUAUAUCCUGUCGACAUCGUCAAACUAAAUAUCCCCUACUAUUACAACUAUAUCAAAAGACCAAUGGAUCUUUCAACAAUGGAAAAAAAAUUAUCUGUAAAUGCUUAUGAAUCAACAAUAGACUUUAUAAACGAUUUCAAUCUAAUGGUUGAUAACUGUGAAAAAUUUAACGGCAUCAAUGUUCCUAUAUCCAAAAUGGCAAGAAAUAUUAAAACAAGCUUCCAAAAAUAUAUGCAAUCUCCAAAAACUUUACCAUUAAACUCAAAUGGCAUACCAACUAUAAGAAGAGAGAUUACUCAUGAUGGUGGUGGCAGGCCUAAAAGGGAAAUACACCCUCCAAAACCAAAAGAUAUAACUUAUGAUAACAAACCCAGAAAAAAGAAAUAUGCCAAUGAACUAAGAUUUUGUAAUCAAGUUUUACGAGAAUUGUUCUCAAAAAAACAUGAAAAUAUCACUUAUCCUUUUCUAAAACCCGUAGAUCCAAUUGAAUCUCAAUGUCCAACAUAUUUUGACGUCAUCAAAAACCCAAUGGAUUUAGGGACAAUAAAACUAAAACUAUCCAAUGGUUCCUACGAAAAUGCUGAUGAAUUCGAAAAAGAUAUAAGACUUAUGUUCCAAAAUUGCUACAUCUUUAAUCCUUCUGACUCCUAUGUUAACGAUUUGGGUCACAAACUAGAAGACAUCUUUAAUAAGAAAUGGAAAGAAAAACCCUUAACCCCUUCAACUCCUCCUGAAAAUAAUAGAAAACUCUCUUUAGCAAACUCCGAUAUCUUAUCAGAUGAUGAUCCAGAAAUUGAUAUUGACAUUGAAGCUGAAGUUAAUGCAAUCCCAACAGUCGCUGUUUUUGCUGCAAGCAUCAAAAAAAUGCAAGCUGAACUAGAAGCCUUGAAGAAAACCGAAAGAGAAAAAUUAAAAAGGCUUUAUGCUCAGAGGGCUAAAAAGAGAAGCUUGGCUCCUCAAAGAGGAGGCCCAAGAGCAAAAUCAAAGAAAUCCUUUUCAAAUCAAAACUCAAAUAUACAAGCUCUUGAUGAUGACAACGACUUCGACAUGUCUUUUGAUAUGAAAAAAACUUUAAGCUUUCACCUUGCUAAUCUUCCGGAUAAAAAGAUUCCAACCGUUCUUCAACUAAUUCAAGAUAGUCUCAGUACUCAACCAAACCCUGGAGAAGAAGUCGAACUAGAUAUGGACUGUCUAGAUGAGCCAACUUUAAAAAAGCUAUACAAAUAUGUUGUUGGCGAUCCAAGGAAAAUUGGCCAAGCAAAUGGCUCCAAUCUUAGAGGCAGGGUUCAAAGAGGCGGCAGAUCUUCUGCUCAAAGUAACAAAGCUAGACGUAGAACUCGUCAAGUUGUCGAUAAACAAAUUGAAAAUCUUAAAAAGAAAAUUGAACAAUUUGAUGGAGAGCAAUUUUCUAAUGGCACAAAUAGUCAAACAAUGAAUAUUAAAGGUGAUGAAUCUUCUGAUGACGAUUUAAGUUCCGAAAGUUCGGAAGAAGAAUAA